GAAAAGUUCCCGUUUCCAAAGCAACAAGGACGCAGUUACUACUGGGUCACAGGCCAAAAACAUAAAGGCACGAAUGUUUGAACUUCAGUUACUAUUUACAGAUAUAUGAUUAAACCAUAUGUGUGGUUACAUUUGUAAUACUUAAACAGCAACGCAUUUUACUUUCAGGUGACUAUUGGGGACCCCAUGGCUGCUGUGACCUCAGAGCAGUAUUUUGUUGAGAGGUUCACUGUAACUUGCAAUAAGCCAGUGUCCCACCUGCAGCUGAGCUGCUGCCUUUCCCACUGUGCUGUCCCAUGGGAGGACAAGAAUAUAAGGAUUUAUGAAAACAACAACCUGGAGUCUCCCUUGGAACUUACUGGUCACCAUUGCGAUGUGUCUGCCAUGGUAUUUGGGACAGUGAGUGAUCGUCUCAUCCUCUGUAGUGCUUCUGAAGAUUAUGUAAUUGUCUGGGACAUCGCUCGCUGCUACAGACAAAUCAAAGAAGGUGUAAUUGCCUCGGGUAGAGUUGUUGGCACAUUGCUCGGCAGGGUGGUGCAUCUGUCACUAUGUCCACUGAGCGCGAAAGUGGCAGCAUGCUCAGGCUCCAGAGUGGUUCUAUUGAAUGCAGAGAAAGAGGAAAUGCUUGGAGUGUUGAAAGCUCAUCUUGGUCCUGUGACUGCAUCAGAAUUCUGUCCAUGGGAUGCUAAUCUUCUCAUCUCAGUCUCAGAAGACAGAACAUUCAAGAUAUGGGAUGUGAGGAAGCGGGAUAUUCUCUUUGAAUCUGCUGUUCUAUCAGCAUAUCCACUGCUUAGUCUGUUCUUCAUGGAGCAAAACAGUCAGUUCAUCACAGGGUCUGGUGAUGGACAGCUUUGGUGCUACACUCUUCCCGUGGACCACAAAUGUCGCUUGGUGACAAAACUGGACCUUUCGAAGCUUGAACAGAAGCAUGAGAGAAACCACAGGAAAAUCAACCCACCUCAAAAUAGAGCAGAUGGAACGACUCGUAAUGAUGUGAGAGGAACAGUGGAGACAGCAAAGCCUGUUCUUAGAAUCUGGGCACAGAGACCACAGUCCAUCCAUGCUAGCCUGCAGCAGAGAGGAAGUUGUGUGUGGAUCGGAAGUACUGAUGGGCUGUAUCUGCUUGACCUGGAUACUUCAGAGCUUCUCAUGAUUCUUCCACUCAAAGGUGACCCUAGCAUUUCAAUGGCAGGAUCAUGGGCCAUCACCCAUGGACAUGGUGGCAAUAUGUGUUGUUUGGUGACCUCUCUAUUUGGGAAUUCAGUCACGCUUUUUGAGGUUAGCAGUGCCUGGCUGGAUGAGCUCUGCUUUAGGAUGGCAAAGAGCUUCUCUGUGGAAGAGCAACUUUCAGUCGUGCCCAGCUCUCCUCUGAUGACUAUGUCUCCUCUGAAUGCUGAGCUGGCAAAACAGGACCCAAAACCUCAGAGAAAAAUAGGUGUGAGCUGUCAGAAGAGUGUGAAGGAUCAGGCUUUAGUUUUUCACACACAAGUGAAGUCAUCAGGAUACAAUGCAGCUCCUCAUAGGACAAUGUUUAGACCAAAGACCAACGUUAAGAAGAAAAGCAACUCUGCCUCAACAACUAGCACAAAUGCGAAAGGCCUCUUAAAUGAGUAUCCAUCACACUUUGAAGCACCAAGUGUGCCAUACGCUCAUUUGAUGGUUUCCACAACUCCAACCAUAGUCAACUCUCUACAGUACUCAGGAGAUGGAAAGCAGCUUGUGUGUGGUCUUGGAGACAGUUCAGUUUUGUUGUAUAACUCUUCACUCACCGGUGACCCAGCUGUCUACACAGGUCACAGUAAGGCUGUGAACACUGUAUGCUGGAGUCAUAGUAAGUGGUGGUUUUUGAGUACCUCUGAGGACCCCACCCUUUGCAUCUGGACUGCAAGUGCUUCUGAACCUGUUCUGACCAUGUUCACAAAGCCUAUCAGAACGGCUCAGUUUUAUUAUCUGGACAAGUUUUUACUGCUGGCGUCAGGAUCAAAUCUAAUGCUGUACCUUUACCAUCUGGACACCACAAGAGAUGACAUCAAGAGGUAUAAGCAAAGAAGCAAGUCCAAACUGGCCAGUAAAUUAAGCAUGAAUUCAGGAACGGACAUCACUUCAGUGUCAGCGAUCAAUGACUUUUACUCCUAUAUCGUCUUGGCAGCUGGUGCUGACCGUACCAUCCAGGUGUUCGAUAUGAACCAGGGCUGUAUGGCCACUCAGAUCCCUGAUGCCCACUGUAGAGCUGUCCACCACCUCACACAGAACAAGGGGUCACCAUUCUGUACACAGGCCCUGGAAUCGUACAAUCUCUUCCUGAGCAGUGCUGUAACAGACGGUCUGAAAUUGUGGGACCUGCGCACAGCAAGGUGUGUUCGCCGCUAUGAGAGCCAUGUUAACCGCUGUCAUCACUGCACUGCGGUCUUCUCACCCUGCGGUCGCUUCAUAGCUACUGGCUCAGAGGACCAUUGUGCCUAUAUAUAUGACACACGCAGCAGCAACUUUCUCCAUAAGCUCCAGAGACACUCUGAAACAGUCCUAAAUGUGGCUUUCAACCCUGCCAAUCCAGAGCUGUUGACUGGAACACUCGAUGGAAAACUGGCUUUGUUUCAUCCGGCCGAAUCUCUUCUCCCUUAAGUGUGGAAUUUACCCUAUGGCUCAGUUCUUGCCCUAAGUCCACCGAUGCUGCAGACUAAUGAAAGUCUUACAUCAGUAAUGUUGAGAUGCUGGCGUGCCACCUCUGAGACCUACAUCAUGGAUGGGAUCUGUGAUUUCAUCAUUUCAGCCGCCAUUGACAACCUACAGAUGUGACAACAUGCUCACGCCCUCAACUGUUAAGCCAAAGACGCACCCUCAGAGAAAAGUCCAUUUGAACUUUACUUAGCAACACGUUCCCAUGCACAGAUACACAUACACACACUAUGCAGUAUUAUGUACAGGUUCAUCUGAUGUGUAAUAUUCUUUGCAGCAAAAUGAUAUUAAAUUAUAUUAAAUCGUAUUUUUAGAGUGACUCUAAAAUAAUAAAAAGUCAGUGGUUCAGAGCGCCAAAAUCUAAUGAUUUCAGUAAACAAGGCUUUGUUACGUCAUAAGUGUUUUGAAACUUCAGUAGUUCAUGUGACUCUGCCAGUUUGAUGCGCGCUCUGAACCACUGAUUCGAAACAAAAGAUUCGUAAAGCUUCAAAGCUUCAUGAAGCAGUGUUUUGAAAUCACCCAUCACUAGAUAUUGUUGAAUAAAGUCGCUAUUUUGUUAUUUUUGGCACACAAAAAGUAUUCUAGUUGCUUUAUAAUAUUAAGGUUGAACCACUGUUGUCACAUGAACUGUUUUAAAUAUGUUUUUAGUAGCUUUCUGGGCAUUGAAAAAGGGAGUGUUAUUGCUGGCGAUGCAGGCCUCACUAAGCCAUCAGAUUUUAUCAAAAAUAUCUUAAUUUGUGUUCCGAAAAUGAACGAAGGUCUUACGGGUGUGGAACGACAUGAGGGUGAGUAAUUAAUGACAUCAUUUUCAUUUUUGGGUGAACAAACCCUUUAAAUACAUUUUUAUAUAUACUUGCAUUUCCACCCAAAAUGAUUCAUUUUUAAAAUGUUUCAUCUGUGUGUUGAAUAACACAGCUCAUUUUUGCAGCAGUUAAGGUGCUACCCUCUGAAAUGAAGAUGGAUAGAAGGAUAUCAUUUUUAGGUAAGUUUAUGUUUUAGGUUUGGUUUCGCAUAAAUUAAAUGCUAUAUAUCAGAGACACUUUAGCAUUCUCAUUAUCUUUCAGUUGGCUACUCUCAAGAAUCAAUAGUACAUGAAGGCGGCUAUAAUUGACGGAUGUAAAGUUUGCAAGGGACCAAUCACAAUUCAAAAUGUAAAUAUAAGUAAGAAAAAAAGGCUAUUUAGUGUGCAAAUGCUGUGACAGCAUUAUCAUCUGUUACAUUUUGAAUGCUUAAGAUCAUAUCAAGUUAAUGGAAGAUUUUAAACAGUGAUCUCAGGGUCCAGACUAAAAAAACAAGGUGUAAAUGUUCCUGAAAUGAAUUUAAGCGCCAAAUUAAUUGCCAAAUUAGUAAAACAUCACCGCAAUAAUAUAUUUUGAGAAAUAUUUAAAUGUUUUUUUGAAAUACCACAAAUUAAUUUAUUGCAAAAGUAAACUCAGUUGUGAAUAUGUAUUAUCAAAUGAACAACCAAGGUAAGUAUCAGAGUAGCGGUUUCCGUUUGUUUGAUUCGAAUCGGACAUAACCAUAAAAUGACUUUCAGUGAUUAAGUCUCUGAACAAUUCUCUGACUGAAUAAGUCUGAUUCGAACUGCUAAGUUCAAUGUUUUGUGAAUCUCAUGACUCACUCAUUAAAAUGAAUACAUUCAUAAGAGUCAUUUGUUUUGGGAAUCAGUCAUCAUGGCUUGCGCUGUGUUCGUUGCUGUGUCCAAGACUGGCAUGCACUUUAGCUAAUACUACCUCACAGGAUGAUACAGUAGGCCUAUGUGACAAGUUUUCCCCAUAUUGGUGAUGGCGAUUAGAUUUUAAAUUAAUGGCAAUUUUAUUUCUUGUCACAUUUGCGACCUGGUGCUCCCGGCUGGAGCACUGGUAUUACCUUUACAAAUACAAAAAUAUACAGCCGACCUAAGACAGCUAUUAUCUACAAAACAAAGUUUGAGUGACCUCUGUAAAUAAACAGUUUGGGCUGAAUUAUUUGCAAGUUUAAAAUACGGUUUAGGAUGUGGUAAAUGAGAUAGGAUGCUCAUCUGAAAGCAAUACAUGUAUUGUAUCUGUCUGGCGCCAGUAGAUCUUCAUGUAAGUGAUAGAGAGUAAUGUUGGAGUCUUUAAUGAUGGGUGGUGUCCACUACAAGAGCUGGCAGCAUUUCUGCACCAAUAACUUUUCUGAGGUCAUUCUGUUCUCUGCCCAUUUACAAUCAGACCUAUCCCAUGGAGGGUUAUCUUUAGCAGAGCACAUUCUACAACAGCUUGAAUUGACUCUCCUGGCUGUGAAUGUUACACAUUAAUAUCUAAUGGCAGUAAUAGGUUAGCAUACAAAUGGCAAGAUAUGCAUUCAUUUAUAUGCUGCUUUUUUCUUUGGAAAUGACAAUGUGCUGUAGGUCUCAUUUUCAUUUCAAAAGUAUAUGAAAUACCAAGAUAAAACUGUUAGGAAAAGUAAAAUUUUUAAUGUUUUAUUUUGACACAAGUUCUAAAUAUGUGUGGAAACAAUUCAGCAGCUUUGUUCAUUGUCAUGAGCCAUUACAGGAAAACAUUUUCAUCCCACAUGACUUCAAGCAAUAGCUGAGGCAGUUAUGUAGUGGUUUCACGUUUGAUCUUUACUUUUGAAUUAAAGAAAAACAAUAACGCUUCAACUUCUCUCUUAUAAUUAGGUUUGGCUGCUUUUCCUAAACAAAGAAGCUGUUCACUUAUAAUGGUAAACAGAGUGAUGUCAAAUAUGGAUGCACUUAACUAUCUCAUGAUAGCCUGUUUCUAACGAAGUCUGUGUGCGAGCUACUUUCAGAGACCUUUUUAAAAAUAUGUUCUUAAUGGCUCCAAAUUUAUGACAGGAUGCUGAAAUCUUGCUUUGGCAAUGUGUGAAAUGAGCUGUCAAAAACAAAUGGAGAAUAAAUUGAGAUUACUGAAUUGGCCACAAUGUUGCUUCAAACCUCUUUCUAUUAGAGUAGCCAAUGUAACUUGUUAAUUUAUGUACAAUUAUUAAUUAUAAAACCAUCAGAAUGGUCAUAAACCAGUUCUUCAUUCGAUCAGUUGUUCAAGACCUCUGUUGUCGUAUAAAAAUGCAGCUGUUCAUGACUUAGUUGGCAUUCUCAGUCCAUUUAGGCAGAUAGCCCAAGUGUGCAUGGAAAACAUCAAUGUCAUAUUAAAGUCUUUUGUUUUGUUCACCUCAUUGUCCUUUAAAGAUUGUUCCAGGUCUUUGUGAUUUAAAAAAACGUUUUUUGAUGCCUUAUUUCCCUCACCAGUUAACAAACUCGAGGAUAAAACAGGCUUUCCCACAUUAGCUUUAUAUCUGAAAGUUCAUUCAAAGGAUGUUCCUUCAGUCUGUCAGAACAGGAUGUUAUUCAUUUAUUUUAGAUACUGUCGAUGGGGGAGAGAGAGGAGUGCUUUAUCAAAGGAGGUGUACACAUAUUAAUGAUGAGAGAACGACAGAUUUAUAUGUGUGGGUUUGCAUAUACAUGGCUUUGCCAAUGACAACUGUUUAUUUUUUUAAUGCAUUAGUUCAUUUUCAUGAGCAAGAUCUGUGACUGUCAUAUCCAUUUCAUUCAAUGCUUUUCAUUUUAUAUGUUUUAUAUGUAUUUUUGUUGAUUUAGUGGUAACACUUUACAAUAAAGUUUCAGUUGUUCACAUGUAGUUCACAUGAACUAAAAAUUAACAAUAUACUUCUACAGCAUUUAUUAAUUUUCAUUAAUUAUGUUAAUUUCAACAUUUGCUACUAAGAUCCAAAGUUGUAUCUGUUAACAUUAGCUAAUGCACUGUGAACUAACAUGAACAUGAAUAUUUUUAUUAACUAACAUUCACAAAUGUUUUAAAAAUGUAUUGCUCAUUGUUAGUUUUUGUUAAUGUACUAAUGUUAACAAAUGAGACCUUUUUGUAAAGUGUAACCGUUUUAUAUAUAUAUAUAUGUAUGUGUGUGUUACAUGUACUGUGUCCUGUGACCUAGUUUUUCCCAAGUCUGUCUGAUUAGUUCAUUUGAUCCACCUGUGUAUCGUUAAUUAUCCCAUCACCUUGUUUAGCUCCCUUUGUUAGUCACAUUUGUAUAUAUAUAUAUAUAUAUAUAUAUAUAUAUAUAUACCCUGUGUUCUCCUUCACUCCUUGUCCGUUCUCAUUUAUGUCUACACUUGUGUAUGCUGUCUUUGCCCUGUUUGGAAUCUCCUGUGUUUUCAGUAAAGUAUUGUUAUUAUCGUCAUCUCCGUCUCCGUCGUACUUGGUACUACAGCAGCUGUAACAGAGUGUGUGUGUGUGUGUGUGUGUGUGUGUGUGUGUGUGUAAAAAUGUUCUAAGAACGUUAUCUAACAUGCCCAUUAAAUUAUGAAAAUAAAAUUUCUGAUUCGAAAUGUAUUAAAUAUUCAAAAUGUCCAGCUUUUUAAAUGGUCUGAAAAGUGUUUUUUUGGUUAUGCAAAUGUUUGUAAUGAGUAUUGUCAGUUUUGCUGUUCGUUUUCAUUGUGUUCUGUUCCCGUUUGCCUGUGUUCCCAUUUACUUGUGUUCCCUAGUUAGUUUCCUUGGUUUUAAUUUAAUUUUAUUGUCCUUAUUUUGUUUUCCUUUAAUUACUCUCUGUCUGUAUUUAAGCUCUCAGUUCAUUCUGUUCAUUUGUUUGGUAUCAUCUUUGUUUAGUGUGGUUGAGAAUUAGUUUACUCCUGUGACCUCCUGAGUGUUCUUUUGUGGAUUUAAUACAGACUGUAUUUGUACUCUACUUCUUUCGUUGUGCGCAUUAAUACAACAAUCUAUCGUGACAAUGUAAAGGGAACGUUCCAUUUUAGUUGGAUGUUUAAUAAAAUGUUAGACGAACGUCUAACUAAAACGUUUCAGAAAAACACUCCAUGAA